AUGGAUCCAUUUUCCGCAGAGGGCGAGCUCCUUAACAUCCACAGCGCCUUCCACUCAGGCCAAUACCAGAAUGUACUAGACUUCGAGACCUCUGUGCUGUCUCCCGAGAACCAGCUCCCCGCUCAGGUCCUCAAGCUCCGCGCCCAGAUUGCCCUCGGCCAGUACGACGAGGCCCUCGCCGAACCCUCCAUCGAAGAAGACAGCCCCGACCUGUCGGCCGUCAAGGCCCUGGCCCUCCAGUCCUCCGGAAAGACAGACGCCGCUCUGCAAUUGGCACAGGAGCUCGCCGAAAACUACCCCGACAACAAUACUGUUCAGGUCCUGGGUGCUACGGUGCUCCAGGCACAAGGUCUCAGCGAGGAGGCGCUCGCCGUUCUCGCCAAGCACCAGGGUAACCUUGAGGCUGUCUCCCUGAUCGUUCAGAUCCAGCUCCAACAGAACCGAACCGACCUUGCGCUUAAGGAGGUUCAGGCCGCUAAGCGCUGGGCUCAGGACUCACUGCUAGUGAACAUUGCCGAAUCGUGGGUUGGACUGCGCGUGGGCGGCGAGAAGUACCAAUCCGCAUUCUACGUCUAUGAGGAGCUGGCCUCCGCACCCAGCACCUCCGCACCCUUAUCGAUCGUUGGCCAGGCGGUCGCCGAAAUUCACCUUGGCCGUCUCCCCGAAGCCGAGGCUGCUAUUACCGCCGCCCUUGAGAAAUACCCUACCGAUGUGGAGCUUAUCGCCAACAGCAUUGUCUUGAAUGUGUUGGCCGGCAAGCCAUCCGAGGAAUUGGAAGCCCGUCUACAGCAGGUCCAGCCCGCACACUCUCUGCUCGCCGAUAUUCAGGAGAAGAGUGAAUUCUUCGAUGCCUCGGCAGCCAAGUUCUCUGCCAAGGCCUCAUCCUAG